AUGGCUGUCGUCCUAACGCUAAAGGUGCACGAGCCAUUUGGCAACAGCAAAACAGGCUAUGGCACACCUCACACGAUGGAGCUCGUGCUCAGUGAUGGCUACCUCGGCUUCCGAGCUCGACUACAACGCAUUGACACGCUGCAGCGUGAAGCUGACAGCGCCACCCAGGCUAUCUCAAACUCCAGGGAGUUCAUUACGAUUCAAUUUCGUAUAAGCGGAGUGGUGGUACCUCUAGAAGUGAAUGCUUCUGACAUGCGUGAAGGAUUCGACCUUCCUGACUACGAUCUGCGGCCACCAUACGACUAA